UGCAAAAUGUCACAGAUACUGUUGCAAGAUGAUGCCGCAGAUUGCGCAAUAUACAGCAAAUGCUUCUAUAAAGGAAGCAAACAUGUCAUAUGCUUCUAUAACGAGCCACCAUUAACAGGACAAAUUAACCUUAGGACGUUCCAAGAAGUAGCAGCAAAGCGUCUAGCAAUGCUGCAAUAUAUCGACUCCAAGUCAGACUUUAGACAGAAGAAAUCCGACAACAAGGCGGAUCAUGUAUCGGAUAUAGAAACAAAAAUGGAAGAAUUGGGCUUCAUGCUACCAAACCCAGUAUUUGAUAAAGAGGAUGUUGAAAAGUAUCUUCACAUAGCACAAGCAGAUGUCAUCUCGCAUUUUAUACUACGACUGGCGUUUGGUAGAGCACGAGAUAAAAGAGAUUGGUUUCUGCGAAAUGAAGUUAGACUGUUUGAAAUAAGGCUAGAAAAACUAAAGAACGUUAAAAUCAGAGAUGUGGAAAACCAAACGAAAUUGGAAUACUUUCUGCAGAAUCAAGGCAUUUUAUACGAUAGUAUGGUGGUACCGACCAUGAUGACGCACUCCAAUCAAAUGGCAGAACAGAUGAAACAAAUACAAGAGCUUAUACAAUUCCGCAAUGAUGCCUCCAAAGUGGAAAAGCUAUACAUCGCACCCUUCUACCCAGAUGCCAUGGUAUUAGUACGCAAUCGACAAGUUGCACUGAAAAACGGACAAGCAUAUGUACCCAAUACGUUAUUACACAUACUUUGCUCAUCGAAAUUCCGACAGCAAGUGCAAAAUUCAUUAAGAAGCUUGGAUGAAGCAGGUACCAUAGAUGCUGCAAAACCGUUCGUAGACGAACGAAUAUCAGGAUUCUUGCGUGUUCUGCCAGAAUCAUACCUGGCAACAGAUUACUCAAGAAGUAACUAUGUACCGGGAGAAAAUGAAAGCCUUAAUCUGGCCAAUGUCAAUAGCAUAUUUAGACAAACAUUCCCGCCAUGUAUGAGAAGAAUAUUCACACAUUACGUCAAUAGCAGGCACCUCAAACAUAACGCCAGAAGGCAGUUUUGGCUAUUCCUUAAAGGAUGUGGAAUGAGCCUGGAAGAAAACAUACAUUUUAACCGCAAUAUAUGGCACGAUGCAACGUCAUUCGAUAAGGAACAUGUAUACAACAUAAGGCACAUAUACGGUAAAGAAGGUCGGCGACUGAGUUAUCCACCAUUGAGUUGCAAUGCCAUCAUUAAAAGUCUACCGCCACCAGUACAAGGACAGGUACAUGGAUGCCCAUUCAAGGAACUGGAUAAUAAUGGAGUUAGAAAGAUGCUGGAAGAUUUCGGUCUAGGCGAUGACCAAAUAACACCCAUCAUGGAUCUAAAAGCAACACAUCAGUACCAACUAGCGUGCGUGGAGUAUUUCGCACAAAACACGCCAAAUGGAGCAACGGAAGGCGUAGGAAUACACCCAAACGUAUUCUUCCAAAAUAGCUUCAAAGCAAACUAUGCAAGCACAAGUAAAGAUAUAGCCGAAUAAA